AUUCUGCCAGAUGCUAGUGGCAUUUGGGGCGCUAAUCUGCCAAGCACUGGAAGUCCUGCGCCUACUACCUCCCUCAAUUCCUUUCAAUAUCCUACUCUUAGCCACCUCGAUCUACUUCGGUGGGCAACAAGUGCUCCUGUUCAGCCUCCUCUUGAUCCCUUUACUCAGAGCUCCUGCAUCUUCCGGCACUCAGUGAAUGUUAACAAAAUGAAGUUCAUGGUAUGCAGUCUCUAUUUUCUACCAUAA